CUUUUUAAACAGAUUUAACUCCAUACGCAGUUGUUAGUAAACCUUACAGAACAAUUCCUUCAUAUAACGAUCUUGUGCAAUCUGGCACAGUGCCAAGAUUCAACUUAUUGAGUCUAAAUCAGAUUGCUUUGUCAUAAAAGAUCGAACAUAUGUGGCAAAGUUGCAUUUAGGGAUUUUACCCGAAUAGGAAUAAGAUUAAAUACAAGAAUUGAAUGAUCAACUUUACAUUCCUGACUCCAUGGUGUGCUAUGGAAUGAAAAUCAUACUCAAUCUUAAGAUAUGAUGCACAUAUUUUAUAUUGUUAAAUGGAUUUUGAGGAAAGAAUUCAAUAUAAUCCACUUGAAGGAUUUAUUAGCCUGUGUUCAAUGUCAAUCCCAAAGUUGAUUUGUAUAUUAUGAAAUGUUUUCCAAGUAAGUGCUUCAAGGAUGCCAAUAACAAGCACCCUAUAUCCAUAUUUGAUUUCAGGAAGAAAAUAUUCAUUAAGAAGAUGCCUGGCACUAAUGAAAUCAUCAUAUUAAUUUCCCUUUUUAUUCAGCAGAUCGGUUCAAAGAAAGAAUAUUUCACAGAUAGUCUUGUAUUUGGUGUCUUAGUAGUCCCUACCCCUUAUUUCCCUGCCUCAGAUACUUUGGAUAGGGGAUGGCAACCCAGGGGCAUAUAUAAGACUAUGGCUAUAUCUUUGUCAACCUAUGUGAAUGCAAUGAGAAGCUCAUACAGGGAAUUGAUGCUACAUGUACGUUGUAUAGACAAGGCUGGGGAAUUUAAAAUAAGCUGGGAAAUAAUAACUACUGAUGUUGUCAAUUUUUUAACCAGACAGUGAUAAUGUGCC